AUGGAUAAUACAAAUAAUGAUAUUAAUAAGAGUCAGAGUUUGCUGAGUGAUAAAGCAAUUCUUAAACAUAUGGAGAAAGGAACUGUCGUAAUCUCACCAUUCAUCAGAGAGAAUCUUUCUACAAGUAGUUAUGAUGUUACUCUAGGUCCAUAUUUUUAUAGAGAGAAAGUACCUGAACCAGGUCAAGGUAUUUACAAUCCAUAUAGUGAAUCAAUGGUAAAGAAGGUUUGGGGUGAAUAUCAAGUAGCGGAGAAGGUAAAAGAUUGGUCGUUGCGAUCCGGUCAAAAGCUAGAGAAUAUCGAUGACGAUGAUUAUAUUAUUUGGAUAAAACCGGGUGAAACCAUCUUGGGUCACACCAACGAGUUCAUCGGAGGUAACACCACUGUCACUACAAUGAUGAAAGCAAGAUCAUCUCUCGGUAGAAAUUUCAUUGAGGUUUGCAAGUGUGCUGGUUGGGGUGACGUCGGUUACACCUCAAGAUGGACAAUGGAAAUAACAAACAAUUCUCUAAGUUAUUCGAUUCCAUUGGUUGUAUUUAGAAGAAUUGCACAAAUUAUAUUCUUUGAUACUGAAGGAAUUGUUGGACCAUCCUAUGAAAGCAGUGGAAAGUAUCAAGUUUCAAACGAUGUUGAUGUGUUGAAGACCAAGUGGCACCCAACCGAUAUGUUACCAAAAAUGUACAAAGACAAGGAAAUCAAACAAAAACAUCAAUAUCUUUCAUUAGACGAUUAUAUUAUUGCAAAACAACUAUAA